CGAUACAAACUUCGGUUCUUACACAUCCCUAGCCUCCACCUGAAAUAACCAACCUGCCGUAAUUUUAAUUAAAAUUACACAAUGUCCGAGGAAAAGAAAAACGGCGAUGAAUUAAACGACCUGCUGGACAGUGCUCUGCAGGAUUUCGACAAAAGCGGCAGUGGCGACAAGGAGGAGAAGGCCAAGGCCGCGGAUGGAGCAGCCACCGAGGGAGCCGCGGGCUCUGACGACCCUGAUGCGUUUUUCAUUGAGCAGGCCAAGGUGUUGGCCGAUCGCAUGAACACGCUUUUCGGGGGCCCUAACACUCCCACCGGUGAUAUUCCGCCUCUUCCGCAAGAUCCCGACCAGAUCAUGGCCGGGUUCAAGAAGAUGGCCGAGGCAGCGGCCCUCACAUUGAGUGGCGAAAACUCGGCCACCGACGAGGACGUUUCGAAGUAUUCCGACAGCAUUUCACAGGCCCUGAAGGGUUUGCAGGAGGGAUCAGAGAACCUAACCGCGCCUGCAUCCGAGAACGACAUUGCCAGCAUGUUUGGCUCCCUGAACCUCGACGGAACCGGCGAGGCCGAUGGCAACAUGUUCCUGCCCUUCAUGGAGGGCAUGAUGCAGAGCCUACUCUCUGCAGAGAUCCUACUGCCAAGCAUCCGGGAGCUGCUGGAGAAAUACCCGAAGUACCUCGAGGAGAACGACGCCAAGCUGUCGGCCGAGGACAAGGAAAGAUACCAGAAGCAAAUGGAGCUGUACAAGGUGAUCGAGGGGCAUUUACAGAGUGAGAAGCCUGAAGAUUCGGCCACCGUGAAGAGAGAAAAGUUCCGUGUGGUGCUAGACGAUAUGCGGAAGCUGCAGGACUAUGGACAGCCGCCACCAGAGAUUCUGGCCGAGACGGGCGGUGAUCUGCCCUUCGCCGAUCCCACAGCCGCUGUUGCCGGUGUCGGCGGUCCCAAUCCACAGUGCCCCACCAUGUAGUCGGUGGCGGAGACCAUUCGUCUCGUGGUGUGCCAAUUGGUUAACUGUUGAGUGUUGCACAUUUAGGCUAAGCAAUUUGUAUUUUAUUUAACUCCCGACAAAACAAUGUGGCGGUCGCUUUUGGUUAUUACUCUCUUCAAGAAAACUCGUCAAUUGUA